ACUUGCAAUAUUGCCGCAGGGCCUAGAUGCAAUAUACGCACGUGAUGCAAAUUCACGAGAAGCUCGUUCAUCGAGUUAAUAGACGUUUGACUUGAUCAUGUUUGCCUUGUCUCCAAUUUAUUGACCUUGUAGUACUGUUGAAACAUGUCCUACGUCGGAGGAGUCUUCGGGCUGGAGCAUUGUUAUUGCCGUGUAAGUCAACCUCAUAGUUCGAUGCACAAGAAAUGGAGUUCACCGCUGUUAGAGCGCGCAGUCGAAGUCUGGUAUGCAGACAGAAAGCAGUCGUGGUGAUGCGUUAUCCCCGCCAAACUAGCCCAGGAGGCCACGCGGAAAGGAUGCGGCUGCAGUCGGACCCACUUCCAAAGUAAGACCGGCUUGUACAACCCCACCAACAUGAAUGCCAUCAUAUCACGACAUUCCAAUCAGCUCUGGAGCCUCUGCAAGCCAUCUGGAGCUAACAACAUCCGGAUCUGCUUGCGUGCGACACGAUCGGUGAACAGCAUGUCUCAGCCCGCUCGACCGCGGCGGUUCGCACCACUGGAUCCCGCGAAAAAGAAGGAAGGGGACACUAGACCACUGUUAAAGGGCAUCGUGUUUGAUGUCGACGGCACCUUAUGUCUGCCUCAGAACUACAUGUUCGCGGAGAUGCGAUCAGCCCUGGGUAUUGAGAAGCCGACGGACAUCCUGGACCACAUCUAUUCAUUACCCGAGGGCGAGCAAGAAGAAGCACAAGAGAAGAUCCGGGACAUUGAGCGCACCGCAAUGAAGUCGCAACAGCCGCAGGCCGGGCUCGUGGAGCUCAUGGAAUAUCUGGAUUCCCGCGGCGUCAAGAAGGGCAUCUGCACACGCAACUUCGACGCACCCGUCACUCAUCUUUUGACUACCUUUCUGCCAACGUCAAAAUUCAGCCCUGUCGUGACGCGAGAGUUCAGACCACCCAAGCCCGACCCGGCAGGUAUUCUGCACAUUGCGAAGGACUGGAUGCACGAAGACGGAGGAAAGAGUCUGAUCAUGGUCGGCGAUUCGAUCGACGACAUGACGGCUGGUUACCGUGCGGGAGCUGCGACGGUGCUGCUAGUCAACGACGUCAACAAGCACCUUGCGGAGCAUCAGCACACGGAUCUCGUCGUUCAGCGGCUCGAUGAUCUCAUCGGGAUUCUUGAGAGCGGGUUCGAGGGACGCGGAGAAGCUAGCGAAGAGAAGUAGAUGGAAAGGGCAGGUUGAGGAUGCUGUUCGUAAAAGCUGAUGUACGAUACGAUACGUAUUAACGAAGUCUAUUAUCAUGCGUCUCGAGACAUCGUGCCCGUACAGCGCACUGCUUUGGUGGUUACUGGAGCAACUUGGUCGCAGUGGUUGGAUCAGGGCUGCGUUUGCGUGCAGGCCGAGGUGAAG